CCACAUAGCCAUGCUCACUACGCUUCCCACAAACUCCUAUGGACACCGCUUCUCCUUCCUCUUCUCUUCUCCAUUGAUCACCUCAUCCCUUUCUUCUUGGUGCUUCUGUACUCAACCCCUGGUCUUUUUGCUUCUGCCACUCCAUGUCUCAAUCUUCUCCUUUCUUUUCCAUCGCCCGAGCACAUGCUGGAGCAGGAGGGCGAGCUGCAGCUGCCGCUCUCCUGCUCCGCCACCCUGCCGCUCAGUUGCCACCUAGCAUUCACUGUCCGAGAUACUUUCCUCUGGCUAAACUGUCACAUGCCAAGCCAUUGAACUCACACCUUGGGUUUCCGCGUGCCACCCUAUCCUCCUUUGCCGAUGCUAAUGAUGGCUCUAGUGCAGAACCAGAUGCCUCGGAGGAGCAGAAUGGUGGAUCUGAGCUGUCAGAGAUGGCAAAGGCAUUCCAUAUUUCACCACGAACAGCGAUGUCAAUCUCUGUGGUGAUUGCAUUUGCAGCCCUCACCGUGCCACUGGCGAUGCGCUCACUGGCCUUUCAUGGGACAAUCAAAAUGAAGAUGUUGGCAUAUCUGACCCUGUUGUCAGGGUUCUACAUGGCAUGGAAUAUUGGGGCCAAUGAUGUGGCGAAUGCUAUGGGGACGUCAGUAGGAUCUGGAGCUUUGACACUCAGGCAGGCAGUGCUGACUGCGGCUGUGCUAGAGUUCUCUGGUGCAUUCCUUAUGGGUACCCAUGUCACCAGCACCAUGCAGAAGGGUAUCCUCGUCGCGUCUGUCUUCCAAGGAAAUGAUUCUCUGCUCUUCGCUGGAUUGCUAUCCUCCCUCGCUGCAGCUGGUACAUGGUUGCAGGUCGCUUCCUCAUAUGGCUGGCCUGUGUCAACUACACAUUGUAUUGUUGGGGCCAUGGUUGGUUUUGGGCUGGUAUAUGGAGGGGUCAAUGCAGUUUUCUGGAGCUCCUUGGCUAGAGUAUCUUCUUCAUGGGUCAUUUCCCCAUUGAUGGGUGCUGCAGUCUCCUUUCUUGUUUACAAAUGCAUACGCAGGUUCGUAUACAGCGCACCAAAUCCAGGCCAGGCUGCAGCAGCUGCUGCACCCAUUGCGGUUUUUACCGGCGUCACUGCAAUCUCAUUUGCUGCUUUCCCUCUCAGCAAGAUAUUUUCCAUUGCUGUACUGCAAGCAUUAGGUUGCGGCGCAAUAGGAGCCAUCUUUGUUAGCAGGGCAAUAAAAAAACAGCUUGGUGACUUACUAUCUUCAGAAGCAGAAAAGAUAGCAUCUGCUAGCAAUACAGAUGGUCAGCAAGGUGGAUUUCUUUCUGACGUUGCUGGCCCUACAGGAGCUCAAUUGCAGAUUGUCUACGGUGUAUUUGGGUACAUGCAGGUCCUGUCAGCAUGCUUCAUGUCAUUUGCUCAUGGAGGCAAUGAUGUCUCCAAUGCCAUAGGGCCUCUGGCCGCAGCUCUGUCGCUUCUUCAAGGCGUAGCAACCAGCGCUGAGAUAGUCAUACCAACUGAAGUCCUUGCUUGGGGUGGUUUUGGAAUUGUAGCAGGGCUUACGAUGUGGGGUUAUAGAGUGAUAGCAACGAUUGGCAAGAAAAUCACUGAAUUAACACCCACAAGGGGGUUUGCGGCAGAGUUUGCAGCGGCUUCUGUGGUCUUGUUUGCAUCUAAGCUUGGGUUGCCAAUAUCUGCUACGCAUACACUUGUUGGUGCAGUGAUGGGUGUGGGAUUUGCAAGAGGGCUCAACAGAGUCAGAGCAGAGACAGUGCGUGAAAUUGUGGUCUCCUGGGUGGUCACAAUUCCGGUUGGUGCUUUGCUAGCAGUCUUCUAUACAUUGAUCUUGACCAAGAUUCUGAAAUACUUUAUGUGAGUGCUUUAUGAAAGAUAAUUACUGCUUUGAGAGUUACAGUGCGUUGCCCCUUCUUAAAUUUUGAUCAUUGCAACAAAAAAAAGUAACAGUGCAUAUAUGAGCCAGCUCCAAAAGUUUCCAGCAGAAAACAGAUAUGUCAGAGAGAAUAAUCAUUUUCCUGGCAACAGAGGACAUGAUUAGGGAAAAAGGUUUUAUGCAAAAUCAUGUUACGGACUCCCAGUUCUCUAAUGUACUACCUUAUAUCUUUUAUUUUCUACCACAAGGUGGAAUAUCAUAAUUUCUUGUAGAGCUAUGAUUAAUUGAUCAUAGACAUUAGAGAUAGAUUGGUUUAAUGUCACUGUAAUUAAGCCACAUUCACGAUACCGUUGUUUCGGAGGCACUAUAAAUAUGAAUCUUUUUCUUUUCA